AUGUUUUCUGUUUUACUUAUUACCUGGCUUCUACUAUUUAAUCAACAGAUAGUAGCCAAGACAGUUGGUGCUAAUAUUGAAUAUGUUGAAGAUGAUCUAGAUGAAGAAAUUUUAGUUACAACUGAACAUCCUAUUUUGAUUGAGAACACUACAAAUGAUGAUGAUAACUCUCAUAAUACUGUAAUUAUUGAAAAUGAAACAUCUACUCAUUUGAUUGAUCAAAACAAUAUGGAUAAAUCUGAAUUAUCAUUAGAUGAUAUUAUUGAAUUAAAUGUCGGUGGUCAACGAAUGACAACAUUUCGUUCAACUCUUACUGUUGUACCUAAUUCAAAAUUAGCACGUAUGUUUACUAAAGACAAUGAAACUAAAACGAAAUCAAUAAGUAAAGAAAAUACUGCAUAUUUUCUUGAUUAUAAUCCUGUGCAAUUUGCAUAUUUACUUGAUCAAUUACGUGCAAUUAAACGUAUGCCAAAUUUUGUACCAUACGAACUUGAUAUUAAACAACCAAAUGUAGAUGUACGUUUUAAUUUCUCUAAUAUGCUCAAUGAACUCGGAUUGAAUCCGGAACGUUUCUUGUCACCAAUCGUUGGUGCUCAUCUUAAUUUGAAGACAAAUUCUCUCAUUGGAUGGAAAGAAUGUUAUCGUAGUAAAUAUAAUACACCAUUCAAUGCUACAGUAUUGACGAAUACAUGCAAAGGCAAACGACUUCUUAUUGGUUGUCGUUCUGUUAAUGACAAAGAAACUUUAACUGUAGCUGGUGUAGGUGAACGUGAAAAUAUUUUUAAUCCAUGCCCGGUAAAUGGUCAGUGUACAAUCGAUAAGAAAAAUAAUAUAGGCUUCUAUUAUGUGGCGGAUUAUGUCUGGGGUUUCGAGGCACGUCCAAAGGAUUGGGUCGAUACUAAUUAUUAUGGACAUAGCAUGCAAACAGCUUUUUCACAUACGUGUGAUUCACGUGAUGAUCAUUCUGACUAUCGACUCUGUUGGUCGUUUUCUUCGGGUGUUAGCCGUGGUGGUGGAGAUAGAUGUGGAAGAGAAAAAAAUCUUCACAAUUCGAAAGAAUGGGAACGUCUCAUUUAUGAAACUAUUUAA